AUGAUUACUCUAGCAUCGACAAUCCCAACACAACAAACGUCAUCUCUCGACAACGACUACUCUUCCCACCCUUCAUCGGUGAAGGUGGCCUUCUUCUACAUCUCCCUCUACCUCAUCGCCAUUGCGCAAGGCGCGGACAAACCCUGUGGCCUGGCCUUUGCCGCCGACCAAUUCGACCCCGACCACCCCCAAGAAUGCGCUGCCCGUUGCUCCUUCUUCAAUUGGUGGUACUUCUCAAUAGCCAUUGGUAUUGCCGUUGCCGUCGCCUUAGUCAGCUACAUCCAGGAGAACCUUGGUUGGGGAAUUGGAUUUGGAUCUCUAUGUGUCAUCAUGAUCAGCGCCUUCAUUGUUUUCCUCCUCGGCAGCCCCAGCUACCGGCUCUAUGCGCCAACCCCAGGUUCCCAAAGUCCCUUCACCCGCCUCGCCCACAACAUUGCCACACUUUUCAGGAGCUUGAGCUUCUCCUUUGGGACAAUAAGGCAACACCAUCCAAAAGAUGGAGAUGACACGACCAAGUCGGAGGAGGUGCGUAGCGUGCUACGGCUGCUACCUAUCUGGACGGCGUGCCUGGCGUAUGGUGUUGUGUUUGCACACAUUAUGACAUUUUUUAACAAGCAAGGCCGCACCCUGGAUCGCCGCCUCUUUGGCAGUCUAGAGCUGCCGCCAGCCGCAUUGCAGACAUUUGGACCAGCAGCCAUCUUGUUGUUCGUGCCCAUAUAUGACCGUGUGUUGGUGCCAGCACUACGCUGCAUGACAGGCAAUCCUUCGGGGCUAACACCGCUGCAACGUGUGGGCACCGUCAUGGUUGUGUCACUAGCCACUAUGUGUGUGGCCGCAUUGGUGGAAGCCCGACGGCUAGAGACGGCACAUGAGUAUGGUCUAGUGGAUGACGCCCGAGCAACAGUGCCAAUGAGUUGGGUGUGGCUUGUGCCGCAGUAUGUGAUGAUCGGGGUGGCGGAUGUAUUUGCGAUGGUUGGGAUGCAGGAGUUCUUUUAUGACCAGAUGCCAAGCGACUUGCGUAGCCUUGGCUUGGCGCUUUACUUUAGUGUGAUGGGCAUUGGUGGCUUCAUCAGUGGCGCUCUGAUCUCCCUCAUUGACCGUGUCACCAGCAGCGGUGGCGGGGAUAGUUGGUUUGCAGACAACCUCAACCGUGCCCAUCUUGACUACUUCUACUGGCUGCUCGCUGGCCUCAGCGCCAUCGAGCUUGUGCUCUAUAUCCGCUUCACCAUCUCGUAUGUCUACAGGCACAAGAGCCUCCACUAA